GCAGCACUGCAGCAGCAACCAAUAAUGGCCGCCGCAAGAGUUUACGCCCGGUUAUCGACCGGAUCAAGCUUCUCCGCCCAAAGCCUCGUCCGUGCAAAGCUCGGGUACGUCCAACCUGCUCAACUCUCUCGGUCUAUCCAUAUCCUCUGUCGGCGGACACAACCAUCACCAUUCUACAAGGCUUCUAGCCCCAUCCUUCUUUCCCUUCGCAACAACUCCUCAGUCCCUUCUGUUACCGACAAUGCUGUCGAUCUCGCCGACGUCCAGCGUGGUCUGCAAGCUACCACUACCUCACACAUGCCAGUCGUGACUGCUGCCGACGCCGCACCAACGCCCGAACUCCCCGUUAUUCCCGAAUCUUUCCAGACUGUGGUGGAUCCUCUUACCACUGAAGCUAUGGUACAGGCUGCUCACCAGAUUGGUGACUUGAAGGCCAUGGGUUUGGUUCACUGGACCCCGGUUGGUGCCUUGGAAGGUAUUCUGGAGCUUGCCCACGUUUAUACGGGAUUACCUUGGUGGGGUACCAUUGCGGCUGUGACGAUUGGUAUCCGUUUUGCGCUCUUCCCGCUCUUUGUCAAGGUGGCCCGUAGUACCGGGAAGCUUGCUAAGAUUCGACCUCAGAUGGACGAAGCCACCAAUAAGCUCAAGAACGCUCGUGCUGAAGGUGACCUAGUCAAGCAACAGGAGGCUUAUGCGGCCCUUUGGGCAUUGUUCAAGACAGCUAACCCUCUCUCUCCUCUGCUUUUGCCGGCAUUGCAAAUCCCUGUCAUGAUGUCCUUCUUCCUCGCUUUGAGGGCCAUGGCUGACCUCCCUGUGCCUGGAUUCCAGACUGGCGGUACGCACUGGUUCCUUGACUUGACUGCUGCCGACCCAUAUGUCGCCCUUCCAUGUAUCUCUGCGGCGUUAACAAUCAGCUCCCUUCGUAUGGGUUCUGAGGUUGGGCACAAUACCAACACUAAGGCCAUGAUUAACGUCUUUCAGUUGCUUGCCGUCUUGGUCAUCCCUUUCGUCGCAAAUCUUCCUGCUGCUGUCUUUGCUUACUGGGUUCCGAAUGCUGCCUUCAGUGUCAUUCAAACUGUCCUUUUGCGCAAUCCUAAUGUGCGCAAGAAGUUGCAUAUCCCCGCUCUUCCCAAGCCUCCAGCACCAAAGCCAGGAGCUGCGCCGGAGAAGCCUAUGGGAUUUUUUGAGGGCAUUAAGACCGGCUAUCAGGGUGCGGUAAACGCUGCCAAGAAGCAGUACGACCAGGCAGUCCAGGAGGAACUCAAGAGAAGGAAGAGCGCGAGCUCGGGGAAUUCGAAGUAAUUAUAAACGGCUUGGACGUUAUACAGGAAAACGGAUGGUUAGAUAGGC